UGUUCCUCUACUUCGGUGGAAAUUUUAAAUUAUUCUUCUUCUUCAUAUUAUUAUUAUUUUUAAUUUCCCUCAUUCGCUCGCUCGCUCGCUCACUCACUUACUCACUCACUCACUCAUCCACUUCCUUCUUUCCUUCUUUCCUUUCCUCACCUUUCCAAUCCUAUCAUCUGCUAGAACAGCCAGGAUCGACCUUCAUAAUAUUAGCAGCAUUGGGAUGAUAUAGGCUAAGAGCAAUUUCGCUGCUUGACGGCCAUUUCACCGCACGACUGUACCGGUAAACUAGCAACCAAAGAAAGAGUGCCAAUAUGGAGAACGAUUUAUCCCUAUCUCAAUCCUUCGGUGGCUUACGGAUAGCUAAUCCUGAUGAUGCAUCAUCCGGCACAUCGACUGUCGAAGCUUCGAAUGAUCGCAAUGACGAACACACAAAUGACGAACCUGCAUUCGUCCCAGCCCAAGCCGCAGAUUUGACCCCUUCGGAAACUAGAGACGCGCGGAAAACCCCAGAUUCCCAAACCCAAUCAAAACGACAUUCCUUAUUCAAUAUCCUCCGACGCGGCUCACCCAGCGACCCUUCUUCAAACUCGACGCCAUCCCCAGAACUUCCACAAACGUCAGAUCCGAAACGCCCAAAUUCACGUUCAGCCUCAAGUAGUGGUGAAUCUAUAAAGGUACAGGCGCAGCAAGAGCCUUUGCCGAGGCCUGUAGGAGCAAAGGCAUAUCGACAGUCGAUGCCCAUGAAUCACCAAUCUCAACAGCAACAAGCAUUUCCCCCAUAUCAACCACAUCCCAUGCAGAACGGAUCUCGAGCGUACCCACCUCCGGGCGCCGGCAGGCCAAUGUCAGGUGUCUACGCAGCGCAACCCCCUCCAAACGCAAUACCAAAUAGAGAUCACGGAUCAUAUCGAGUGAGGAGCGAAUCUUCGAAUGCUUCAAUACAUAGUGGAGUAUUGUCAAGGAGUGAUUCAAGGUCGGCAGCCACAGCAAUGCAGGCAGGAGUGCCUUCGAGAGAAGGAAGUCACAGAGAUCGAGCAUACAAUAAGAAUCUUAACAUGCCACCAGGUAACGGGCCCGUGCCACCAAGGAGAGGUUCGAGGGGAGUGGGUGGAGGCUACGAUAAUCCGGCACAUCCCAAGUCUGCUGCUGGCACACAUUAUGACACCGAGGGAAAUGUGGUCACCGCUGAAGAGUGGAAAGUAAGAGGUGCCGCAGUAGGCGUUCGUGAAGAGAUUGAUGCGGACGGGAAGGUGCACCUGAAGCAGGUGAGGAAGGGAGUGCAAGAUUUCAUUUUUGGGCGUACAUUAGGAGAGGGCUCAUACAGCACCGUAUUAUUUGCAACGGACCGCCAGACACUGAUAGAUCAUGCCGUCAAGAUCCUGGACAAGAAGCAUAUAAUUAAGGAGAAAAAAAUUAAAUAUGUAAAUAUAGAGAAAGAUACUCUAAACCGAUUAUCGGAUCAUCCAGGUAAGAAAGAAACCCCACGCCCCUGGCAACCUCAAUGACUGCGUUCAAGUAUCGUUCUCUUGUUUCCCAUAUGUCCCAUCGGAGCGCGUGUUUGUUCUAAUAAAUUACAUAGGUAUCAUCCGAUUAUUCUUCACGUUCCAGGAUAGCGCGUGUUUAUAUUACGUCCUCGAGUAUGCCAGCGGUGGAGAAUUGUUAGGAGUAUUAAAAAAGACGGGGUCGUUUGAUGUGGAGUGCACGAGGUUCUACGGCGCUCAACUUCUCGAGGCAAUAGAUGCUAUGCACCAGAAGGGAGUGAUACAUCGAGAUCUGAAGCCGGAAAAUGUUUUAUUGGAUGAGAAAAUGCACAUCAAGAUCACAGAUUUUGGAACUGCUAAACUACUCCCGGCUCCUGGAUCGACUCCAAAGUCAUAUGACAUAGCCAACAAUGGGGAAGAAGAAUCAACAAGGGCGAGUUCGUUUGUUGGGACGGCCGAGUACGUCAGCCCGGAGUUAUUGACGGACAAGAACGCUUGCAAAGCAAGUGAUUUAUGGGCUUAUGGGUGUAUCAUAUACCAACUCUUGGCUGGACGACCUCCUUUCAAAGCUGCUAAUGAAUACCUAACCUUUCAAAAGAUCGUCAGUUUGGAGUACGAGUUUCCCCCAGGAUUUCCCCCUGCCGCCAGAGACCUUGUCGAAAGGCUCCUCGUUCUUGACCCUCAAAGGAGAUUAUCGAUUGAGCACAUCAAAAAUCACGAAUUCUUCGACGGAAUGAGAUUUAAUCGGGAUUUGUGGAAAGUGAAAGCUCCCAGGUUAAAGCCUUAUGUUGCACCUGCACAAGAACCUCAUUUGAUCAUGCUCAAUAAUCUUUCAACCACACCUCCAACAUCACGCGCACCAGCACAACUUACUACGUCCAAUGGUAACUCGAGACCACAGCCUAGGAUAAUCACCGAACUUCCUCCACCAACUCAGCUCGACAUUGAAUGGUCGCCCGUGUUAACACGAAGUAACGAGCGUAUUUUGAAAUUGGGGAAUUUAAUGGUUUUAUCCUCGCCAUUGCCCCAUAGUCCUAGCUCGAAGAAUGGCGAAGAUGUCCCUGAAAAGAAAGGAGGAUUCGCCAGAUUCUUCGGGGGUUCGACAACCAAGAAAAGAGCAAGGCUUGUGAUGGUCACGUCUAGCGCGAGAAUCAUUCUAGCUGCUGCUGGUGGCGAUGAAAAGAAGACAAAAAUGGAGAUAUCCUUGUUAGCCUCUGAUUGCUCAUGGCGAACGCAAUCAGAUUCUAAGGGACAAUCCGUGUGGUGCGUGGACACAGUAAGUUAGUUCACGUCCAAUAACUCAUUUAAUACUGAUCACAACUAGCGUGGAACACAUUAUACCUUCGAAGACACCAAAACUUCGGUAACCUCCAAUGAUCCUGCGAAAACAUCGGCACAAGAAUGGAUUGAAGCUAUUGAAAAAGCCAAGGAUAUGGCUCUAUCGCAAAAUAUGGUUGGCUCUUACAACAGCGAUACUGGUUUCGAUAUGUCAUCCGCCGCCACAAGUCCCACCAGCACUAUCCAUGGAACAAGCAUCUAUCAAGACAACUUUGGCCCCAGUGACCGAUCGGGUCGGCAUCAUCUAACCAAGAGUCAGGCCAGUCUAGGAGGAGAAGACGCUUUUGGAGACUCUAGAAAGAAGUCCCACCGUUUCAGUAAAAGACAGUCAAAGAAUGGACUUUCAACGCCCUUUUAAUGGUUAUCCGUGCGGCUACAGAACAAGAUUGAUCGAGCCUUCAAGUCGUUCAGACUUGGGAAGCAUUUACGCCCGCAAACGCAGACUGCUGCUGCACGGCACUUCUAGAAGGACAUACGUCCAUAAAUCAUACCCAUUUCUCACACAUCAAAUGAUGUUAUUUUCAAUCAUUUUCCAGUUAUUGGUCGGCAUUUGCUAGCGUGGCGCAAGGUUUCGGGAUUUUUUAUUUGAUUGGUGCAUCUGAAAUGCAGCACUUCAUAGCAUUCCUUCCUUGGGUCAUUGGGGUAGAGGAGAAUUUAACGACUUGACAUGACUUUUUUGUUACUUUUAUUUUUCGUUGUAGCCAAAUUACCCAGCUGCUUACAUUUCUCCCGCAAAAUUUUCCUUCAAGUUCGUCAUACAUCACUCGUUUCUUCUCCAAAAUUCCGUCGGGAUGGAGUAACAUCAUCGACGCUUAUAUACUUGUAUUUGUGAAGCAAGCAGAGAUAAAACUGACCCGAGAGAUCAAGUAUGACAAGAAUAUCUUUUAUUAGCUCAUACAUCUCAGGAGGCUUGCUUGCUCGCUAACGAUUAGCCUAUCGCAAUUUUUUUGACAUGACGAAUAUUUGGACUUGACUUUUUGCUUCUAAUUUUUCCCUUUGUUUUUGGUGGCAGAAUUCUAUUUAAGGUUCAGGGCGGAUGGAGAUGGGACGGGGAAAGAUCUUUUCAAUAAUUAUAUUAGCUACUUAGCUUACUUACACUUACUAUGGAUAUGGACAGGUAGUGUUGUUUUAGUUUUUGGGAAUCAUUCGGAAUGCGGGAUUGGGAUCGCGCGUUUUCCGAAAAUCUUUCCCUGGCCUUGGGAAAUGAAACAGAGAAGAUGUGCGGGGAGUUGGUGGUGAGGGUGGGUAUGGUGAUUAU